AUGGAGAAGCUAAAGGGAAAGCUAGAACCAGAAACAAGCCAAAGUCAAGAGGACGAUUCAAAGGUUGAAACUUUAGAAUCUCCUGUUACAAAAGCACAAGGAUUGAAGGAAGAAGGUAACAAGUUUUUCCAGAAGCGAGAUUACGAAGGCGCAAUGCUUAAAUACGAGGAAGCAAUCGAGAUACUUCCUAACGAUCAUGUAGAGGUGUCUCACAUUCGAGCUAACAUGGCUUCUUGUUAUAUGCAAUUGGAUCCAGGCGAGUUUGCGAAUGCAAUCAUUGAAUGUGAUUUAGCACUUGAAAUCACUCCUGAUCAUAGUAAGGCAUUGUUGAAGAGAGCAAGAUGCUAUGAGGCCUUGAAUAAGUUGGAUUUGGCGUUGAAAGAUGUUUGUAUGGUUUCGAAGCUGGAUCCAAAGAAUCCCAUGGCGUCUGAGAUUGUGGAGAAGCUUACGAGGACUUUAGAGAGCAAAGGGUUAAGGGUUAAUGACUCAGUGAUAGAGCUGCCUCCAGAUUACGUUGAACCUGCUGAGGCUUCCUCUGAUUUGUGGACACGGCUUAAGAAGAAGAAAAUUAAGAAUCUGGUGCUAGAGAAGAGCGAUGGUGAUAAUGCAGAGACGGAGAAGAACAAGAAUGAGAAGAAUGAUAAGCAGAGCAAGAAGAAAGUGAAAGGGAAACAUUUGGAGCAGAGAAGUGAUAGGAGAAAGGAACAGGAGAAGCUUCUGAAUAAGAGUGAUGAAGAUGGAAAGAAAGCUGUGAAAUUUGUUUACUCUGAGGAUAUAAGAAAGGCUAAACUGCCUAUAAACUGCACUCUCUUUCAGCUUAGGGAAGUUGUUCAUGAGACUUUCCCUAGCUUAAGGGCUGUUCAUAUAAAGUACAAGGAUCAAGAAGGAGAUUUAGUGACGAUCACAACAGAUGAAGAGCUGAGAAUGAGUGAGGUUUCAGGAAGGUCAGUGGACACUAUGAGGUUUUAUGUGGUGGAAGUUAGUCCUGAGCAGGAUCCGUUUUUUGGAAGAUUGGUCGAGAUGAAAAAGCUUAAGAUAACCACCGAUUCUUUUAAAUCGAAGGUAAAUGCAAAAGGUGCGUGUAAAGUUGAAGACUGGAUGAUUGAAUUUGCUCGGCUUUUCAAGAUCGAGGCCAAAGUUGAUCCUGAUACAUGCUUGAAUCUUCAAGAACUUGGGAUGAAGCUUAAUUCAGAAGCUAUGGAGGAGGUGGUAACAUCUGAUGAAGCUCAAGGGCCUUUCGACAUAGCAGCUCAUCAGUUCCAAGAGGUUGCAGCACGGUCAUUGUUGAAAUGGGGACAUGUGCACAUGUCAAGGGCGAGGAAAAGGUUGAGCCUGCUACGAGGUGUUUCUGGAGAAUCUGGUUCUGAACAAGUCAAGACUGCUUAUGAAUGCGCUCAAAAGGAGCAUGCAAAAGCGAAUGAGAAGUACGAAGAGGCCAUGAGGAUAAAGCCGGAUUUGUUCGAAGUCUUUCUUGCGCUAGGUCUGCAGCAGUUUGAGGAAGCAAGACUUUCAUGGUACUAUGUAGUUUUCAGUCAGCUUGAUUUGAAAACAUGGACAUAUGCACCUGUGAUACAGUUUUAUCAAAGCGCCGGAAGCAAUAUCAAAAAGUCUAUGGAAGAGUUGAAAAAUCUGGAAUCCAAUGUACCGGGUAGCUCAGAAGAUGAAGCAGCGAAGUUUAAGUCUUGGCUUGAUGUUUUACUAUGUGCUGUUCUGUAUGAGCGAUCCAUCAUGGAGUUUAAACUUGACCUCCCAGCUUGGCGAGAGAAUUUAGAAGCUGCAAUGGAGAAAUUUGACUCAGAAGAUGAAGCAGCGAAGUUUAAGUCUUGGCUUGAUGUUUUACUAUGUGCUGUUCUGUAUGAGCGAUCCAUCAUGGAGUUUAAACUUGACCUCCCAGCUUGGCGAGAGAAUUUAGAAGCUGCAAUGGAGAAAUUUGAGUUAGUUGGAACUUGUAUGGAGGAAUUUGCUGCGGUGAUUAGUGAAAAUUAUGUAUCAGACAAUACUUUACGAGAUUUAAGGUUUCACAUGGAAGAGAUAUUAGAGAUAUUCAACGAGAUAAGUGAAGCAAAAGGAUGGAGUAAUGGGAUCCCUUCAGACCAGUUGGAAGAGAUCUUAACGAGGAGGGCUUCAAAUAUAUUUCAUGUGUCAAAUACAGAUAUCCAACGUGGUUGA